GUGUUUGCUUCUUUUACUUGUCUUUUUUUGCCUUCUCUUCAGUAUGACAAGUAGCAAAGCUGAGGGAAAGAGGAGCUUGAAGGAGAUGGAGGAAGAGGAGGAUGAGGAGGAUGAAGAAGACAGUAGUGGGUUAGGGUUUGGAGAUGAUGACAAGAAGAAGAAAGGGAAGAAAGGAUCUAAUGGUAGUGGAUCACUGGCUGCAGUUUCUUGUCAAGCUGAGAAUUGCACCUCUGAUAUGACAAAUGCCAAGCAAUACCAUAGACGCCAUAAAGUGUGUGAGUUCCAUGCCAAGGCUCCAUUUGUCCUUAUUGCCGGAAUCCAGCAACGCUUCUGCCAGCAAUGUAGCAGGUUCCAUGAGUUAUCAGAAUUUGAUGACAACAAAAGAAGUUGCCGGAGUCGUUUAGCAGGACACAAUGAGAGGCGCAGAAAAAGCUCUACUGACUAUCAUGGAGAAGGCUCAAAUUAAAAAAUAAAUAAAUAAAAUUAGGUAAAGUAAAUAAAAAGGUUUUUACCAACCACUGGGGAGGCAGAGGCUUGCAAAAGAGGGAGAAAAUUAUAUAUUAUUUUCCAAAAAAAUUGCCUCUUCCAAGCAUAUUUAGACACAUUUAGUGAUCUAAAUAUGUCAUCUUUAAGCAUGUGCUCUCUCUCGUAUGUCAAUUUAAUAAUAUACAAAUUUUACAAUGCAUAUCAA